AUGACAGCUGUGCCCAUCACUAAAAUGGUUAAUGAUUUAUUUCUUCAGUGGCUUUCACAAGAAGAUACAAGAAAAAAUUUAUUUGCCGGUUUACAAAUUGUCCGCUCAGGUGGAAAACUUCCCGAACCAAAUUAUCCGAAGAGCUAUCAUACAACAACGACUCGUGGAGGUGGUUUUUCAAAAUCUCAACAUUUCGAUUCACCUCCCGUAUCUCCCGUUCCACGUUCAUCAUCGAGUCCACGUUCAGGCGAGAGAAAACGUCGAAAAAGAAAUACACUAAAUGGUAGUCAAAAUGGAGCAAAUAGUGAACAGAUAAGGAAAAUAAAAUAUAUGUUCUCUCAAAGUGUACCAUGUCAGAUUGUGCGUACAAGUACCUGUCUUUAUUUUAAUGUUCGUAUUGAUCAAACACGUCGUCGUUCAAUACAUUUUUGUGAACAAUGUCGAUAUCAUGGUCGUUACUGUGAUGCUAUUCAUAAAGGGUUUUGUCGUCCUGUUUCAACACCCUUGGCUCGUAUAUCAAUAAGUCCAAAAAUUCCUAAAUCUCAUAUUAAUUUUGUAUUUGAAAAACGUUAUCCAGCCGAUCAAAUUCAACAACAUAUUCAACAUCAAAUAAGACAAAAGUUCACACAUCCAGAGGCCAUAUGGCCAUUAAAAUCUUCUACUGGUAACAGUACAAAUGGAACACAAAGUCAAACAUUGCCAUCACAACAUCGUUCAGCUGUUUUUAUACCAGAGGUUACAAUCGAAAAAAAUUCAUCACAAAUCGCGAAGUCAGUUCCAGUAUCUGUAAGUGGGGAUCAUCAACAUAAUAUUACACGACCUAUCAAUGGUAUCGGUACGAGGGCACAUUCACCUGCUAUACAAGAUCAGUCGUCUUCGUCGCCUACUGUUUACACAUCUCCACGUGACAAACUUCAGCAACAAACAUUAUCUCCCACACGAUCAUCUCCAUCACGCGAUGUAUCAUCCAUAACUUCACCACAGACAGCAGUAUCAACUACACCGUCGGCAAAAGUAGUGGCACCAACGUCUAAUAAUACCACUAACAGCGUUGUAUCACUUCGAGAUCGUCUUGCUGAUAGUUAUCGUGAACAACAAACACCAUCGCCACGUUCAUCAAUAAAUUCAAAAUCACCAUCAAUACAAACGACAGUUAAUAAUAAGGAUGGUCCUACUGAAACUAUUAAAACACCAUCACAACAAAUACGACAAUCUGCCGGACAAACAGCAGUCGAUAAACAGCAAGAAAUAAUACCAGCUAUUACGACCACGGAUAAAAUAAAUCGUAGUGGACGACCGUCUCUAUCACAAAAUGAAUCACCUGUUGAGACAAUCGAAACACGUACCAGUACAACUCCACAACAACAUCAAUCACCUACAAAACCACAACAAAAACAAGACCUUAAUAGAAAAACAACAGUAAUACCACGUUUUUACUUUCCAAAUGGUUCGAAUGCUGAAUCAAAUUCAUCCGAUGUGAUAACGAAACAAUUGAAAAAAGUUAAAGAGGAAUUAUUUCAGAAGAAAAAUGAUAAAUUAUACUCAGAAGAUUUCGGAGCGGUUGCACAGUCGGUUGGCCUCAGUUUAUAUUGGAAAGCGCCCUUAUUUCGUGCUUGCAUGCAAGAUGUGACAAGUGCCACAAAAGCCAUUACAUCCAAUCAUAUUACCUAUCAACAAUUCGAAACAUUUUGGAAGAAAAUUUGUAAAACAAAUUAUGAUAAUGCAUCAAAAUUCAUUUGUCUAAUGGCAUCAAAACCAAAUGUAAAUUAUCUUGUUAUUAAUGAUUGGGAAUUUCUUGUACAAGAUAUUAUCGAUACACAUCCUGGAUUAAAAUUUUUACGUGAAGCAAAAGAAUUUCAUAGUCGUUAUGUUAAAACAGUUAUUGCGCGUGUUUAUUAUAAUGUAAAUCGGUCAUGGUCAAAUAAAUUAACAGCCGCUGAACUUCGUCGAAGUAAUUUUCUACAAACGCUUGAUCGUAUUGAACAAGAAGAAGAUAUUAAUCGAAUACACGACUACUUUUCCUAUGAACAUUUUUAUGUUAUUUAUUGUAAAUUUUGGGAAUUAGAUAGUGAUCAUGAUUUAUUCAUUAGUCGCGAUGAUCUUGCCAAACAUAAUAAUGGUGCUAUAUCAAAUAAAAUGAUUGAUCGAAUAUUUUCUGGCGCAGUAUCAAAUAGUGAAAAUAUGAAACAAGGUAAAAUGUCCUAUUAUGAAUUUGUUUGGUUUCUUAUAUCAGAAGAAGAUAAACGUUCACAAACAAGUAUUGAAUAUUGGUUUCGUUGUAUGGAUCUGGAUGGUGAUGGUAUAUUAUCAAUGUUUGAAUUAGAUUAUUUUUAUCAAGAACAAGUACAUAAAAUGGAAAUAUACGGAAUUGAAUAUAUGCCAUUUGAAGAUGCUAUAUGUCAAAUGUUGGAUUUAGUUAAACCUGAAGAUGAAAAUAAAAUACGUUUAAAAGAUUUAAAACGUUGUAAAUUGACAAAUGUUUUUUUUGAUACAUUCUUUAAUCUUGAAAAAUAUCUUGAUAAUGAACAAAAAGAUCCAUUUUCAAAUGUUAAGGAUCCAGAUUUACCAGAAGUAUCCGAUUGGGUUAAAUUUGCCGAAGCUGAAUACGAUAAUCUUACACAUGAAGAUGGUGGAAAUGAAAAUAUGGAUGAUGUAAAUUACGAUGAAGAUUUCGAAGAGGAUGAUGGUGAUGGCAAUGGUUCAACUCAUCUUGUUGCUAGUAGUGGUAAUAAUUCCAAUGUUAGUGCGCUAUCAAACGCUGUUGGUACAAUGAAUUUAGCCGAAUCAAAAAAAUUAUUUACAACUACCAUGGCAUCACGUGUAAAUAAUUUAAAUAAUACUGAUGAUUUAGAAGAAGAACUAAAACGUUGGAAAGACUAG